CUUGAAAGCGCUCGGAAGAUGUCACGAGUCUUGGAUAAGGUUGAAACUUACUUUAAACUGAACCGAUUUUUUCUGUACUCGAUUGGCCUUUGGCCUUAUCAAACGCCUUGGGAAAGUCGAUUGGGUUUGAUCGUUCUGUUUGCCUUUACGUCAAGUUUGUUCUCCAUGCAGUUUAUAGGUUUAGUCGAGGUGAGAAACAACAUGGACGAUGUUAUAGAAUGCCUCUCCCCUCUCGGUGUUGCAAUAUUGUGCGGUAUAAAAGUGGUCAAUGCAGUUGCAAAUAGCGAUAAGAUGAAACACUUGCUGACGAAGAUCCAGAAAGACUGGGACGUAACCGGUAUUUCUGACCCGGAAAAGACGAUCAUGAAAAAAUACGCCGAAGAAGGUGUCAAGUUUACGAAGUUGUACGCAUACGUCAUGUAUACCGGCAUGUCUUUCUUCAUAUUACCGCCAAUUUUAUCGAACUUGCAACUAGCGAAUUCGUCGGAUAAUAAGACCUCAACGCGUAGACGACUGCCUUACAUAGCGUCGGAUUACAUCGACACGGAGAAGUACUUUUACUUGAUGACGAUCCACGCCUACGUCGCCACAGUUUUCUUUGUGACAAUAAUUAUCGGCGUUGACUCGACGUUCACCGUUUAUCAGCAGCAUGGUUGUGCCAAAUUUGCGAUAUUGAGGUAUCGAUUAAGGCAUAUAAUCGAGCCGGGAAAUCUUGACGUUGAUUUGAAUCCUCCGGAAAUCGAUGAUUUUGUAUACAAGAGGACUAAACUAUGCGCCUAUCUUCACAAGGAAGCUAUAAGGUACGCAGGUGAGAUCGAGUCAGCCUACUCGACAGCCCAAUUGUUUCAAGUCGGUACCUGCUGUCUGCUUAUGAGUAUCACCGGCCUACACGCGGUGACGAAACUGGCAAAGCCCGAGGAACUGGUGAGAUACUUCGCAGUGAUAUUGUUGUUAAUGCUACAUCUGUUAUCGUACAGUUGGCCGUCUCAAGAGCUGAUGGACCAGAGCUUAAGCGUCCACAGAGCUACCUAUGAAACCGAAUGGUAUCGCGUUUCCAUGCGCACCCGAAAGCUGCUGCUUCAGAUAAUGACGAAGAGUCUUAAAGUGUGCGAAAUCACUGCGGGAAAGUUUUGUCUCAUGUCGAUGGAAAACUUCUGCAGUAUUCUGAGCAACUCUAUGUCGUACUUUACUCUACUCUCAUCGAUGCACGAAUAGUCGGAUCAAACGAACCAUGAAACCGUCGUCUCACAACACCAUAAAUAUUGUCAAAUAAAAAUUGUAGUCCU